UUGAAAUGCCCUACGUGCGGGAAAAAUUACAAGAGACAAGCCUGGUACAUUAAACACCUAAAAACACAUAAUGGUGUUGAAGCGCGACAAUCGUUGGUAAGUUCUUCAAUUAUCACUUCGGAUAGAGUUGACCCUCACGUAUCCCAUGGUGAACCAUUAACUGGAAACCACCAGGAGUCCAUUAACAUCCGGACACGUCUUAGCAUUCCUAACAUGAAACAAUCGACUUGGAAAGUUCACGACGACAAUUUAGCGGUCCUGUUAGAGCAUCCGGGCUCGAAGCAGGAAUUGAACUCGCAGGUAGAAACUUUCCAAAAUACCGUUUAUGACUACUUCAACGAGCAAUAUCCACCACGUAAUCAUUACGCUCGCAAAAAUAAAGAAAAUUCGUUCAAGAUAAAAAUGAGGAAGAAAAAACGGGAAUUAAUAAAAAAUCUACGUAUAGCCAAAGCUCUAGGCGACAACCACCUUAGUCAUCAGCUAGCUAGGGCGUUAAGGUCAAUCCUUAAAUUAAUUCAAGGAAUAUCGGCACAAACUGCAGAAUAUCGCGGUAAUUUUGACCGGGCCAAACAGGAAGUAGAUUUCGAUAAAAACCCUUUUGAGUAUUCGAAAACCAUUUUUAAGAAAGAACGCGGACAGCUUCUCUUGACCAAUGAUCAAAUUUACGACCAUUUCAAGAGCACAUACGAAGUGCCUAAAAGUGUAAGGCUCUAUACGGAUCCAAACGAACAAAAACCGGAAAUUCCUCAUAUCGAUUUUCACGGCAUACCACCAACGUUAGACGAAAUAAGUAGUCACAUAAAGAGGAAAUCAUCUAAAUCUGCACCGGGCCCCGAUGGUAUCCCAUAUAUAGUCUUUAAAAAAUGUCCAUCGGUUCGUAAACACCUCAUAAAUAUAUACGGCAAAAUCUGGUCAAGGAAGCAAAUCCCGGAGUGUUUCGGGAAAGCAAUUUUUGUCCUCAUUCCCAAAAAAGAUCGAGUUACCGAUCCGAAAGAUACUAGACCGAUAGCCUUAACAAAUACAAUAUCUAAAAUCUUUUUCUCGGUCCUACAAACGAGAAUGACGCGAUUCAUGCUCAGCAACAAGUAUUUUAGGCCAAAUCACCAGAAAGGGUUUCUACCCGGGAUUUCUGGAUGCCUAGAACACAACACCUUGCUGUCGGAGAGUUUGAAAGAUGCUAGAAAAAGCGAGCGGCAAAUUACAGUUUGUUGGAUAGACUUAGAGAACGCGUUCGGGUCGAUACAACACGAGUUGAUGCUAUUCGCGCUUAGAUGGUAUAACUUUCCACCCUUAGUUAGCGAUAUGAUUGCGUCGUAUUACUCAAAAUUAAAGUUUUCUAUUAUAACUAAAGAAGGCCCUUCAAAAAGUUUGAGUUACAAUGUAGGACUAUUCCAAGGGUGCUGUUUAUCUCCAAUAGUAUUUAAUAUUAUAAUCAAUAUCCUAGUAGAUAAACUUAUCAGCAAUGAGAAAAAAUGGGGGUAUCGGUUUAAGUUCAAUAACAAAUACACGGAAUCCAUUUUAGCCUUCGCUGACGAUCUCGCAAUACUGACACGUCUCCCCAAACACUGUCAAGUACUAUUGGAUGAAGUGGAUAAAUUCUGUGAGUGGACGGAUGGAUUGAGGACAAAACCAAGUAAAUGUCACUGUCUGUGUCUUGGUAGGCGGAAUACAAGAUACACCUCAUACGAUCCGGGACUAUCGAUAGGCGGUCAAUGCGUUUCUACGGUUACGGAAAAUGCACCAUUCAAGUUUCUCGGUCGUAAGAUUGAUAAUAUAGGUCGUACUCCAUCUUUAGAAGGAAUAGUAGAUAGCUUUUUAAAUGAUCUCAACAAGGUAGAUAGCCAGCAGAUCAGUAACGUAAAAAAAGCAUGGAUCUACGAUAAUUACUUAACUUCACGUUUGAAUUGGCCUUUCCUCGUCUAUGAUUUUAGUAAAACCCUUUUAUCUAAAUUAGAUGCAGGCGUCAUAAAGAUGUUGAAGUUGUGGCUCGGGCUCGCGCUAACGGCUGAUUCAUCGGCUUUAUUCAGGGAUCGUAAUAGUUUUGGGAUGAAUCUAAAAAGACCAUCGGAGCUCUACAAACACCUAAGAGUUUCCAAGAGACAUAUCCUGGGAAAAUCCCAUGAUGACGUCGUUACAUCACUCCCAAAAGACAAUGAUGCCCCAGAGCUAGAGUCACGACUUCAAUUCCAUAAACAAUUUAUGAUCGGAGCGCAAAAUAACAGAGUAGGGUUAGGAUCAAGUAGGAAAGUCCAAGAUACGGAUAUAUUGAAGUCUUUUAUUCGGCAAGACGAGAACGAUAAAUACAAGAUCCAUGCAAUGAGUUUAGAAAUGCAGAACGAGUGGUUAGACAUGGGAGCUUUUUGCAUUCCACUAGCACUAAAAUGGCGCACCCUAAUUCAUGACUGGUCGCCAGCCUUGCUAAAAUUUUAUCUCAAUGCGUUCCAGAUGACUCUCCCAGAUCAGAGUAAUUUAGUAAGAUGGGGUAAAGGUACCGAAAAAACUUGCUAUAUCUGCGGAAAGGCAGUUGGAACCGCCAAGCAUUUGCUGGUGGGAUGUAAGGUUCUCCUGGACAGCGGUCAAUACUCGCGUCGUCACGAUAGGGUUUUAGAGAUCAUACGUUUUGUGAGAGAGGGCACCAGGGCUAUAAAAUCAAACGUCAAGCCUUACUCUAUCCUUAAAGCGGCUUCGGAUUGGACUAUCAUGAUGGAUACGUAUGAGAAACAAUACAAAAUCCCCGAGGAUAUUUGUGCGUCGGCCUCCAGACCAGACAUAUUUCUAUAUUCGCGUAUUUUAAAGCGCGUUGUGAUGAUAGAGCUUACGGUGCCUUGGGAAACCAACAUCCCCAAAGACCAUGCCAUCAAGGUCAAUAAGUAUUACGAGCUCACUAACGAACUAACUCGAAAUAGGUUCGUCGUUGAUUUGUACGCGGUAGAGGUGGGAGCGAGAGGUAUAACAGCUAAAUCUCUCUAUAAUCUACUAAAAGACUUGGGCCUGUCCAGAACUAACAUUAAUUCAUUCUUAGAACGUACGUCGAAGGCAGCCCUAGUGGGUUCUUUUCAAAUUUGGUUGGGUAGGGAGAGGAGCUUGGACAGUGGAGUCCGAGAGGGGGGGCGGAAGAUCUGUCCACCGGUCGAUUUAAACGGCGAAAACGGCGCGAAUACGGACUUGAAAUGCCCUACGUGCGGGAAAAAUUACAAGAGACAAGCCUGGUACAUUAAACACCUAAAAACACAUAAUGGUGUUGAAGCGCGACAAUCGUUGGUAAGUUCUUCAAUUAUCACUUCGGAUAGAGUUGACCCUCACGUAUCCCAUGGUGAACCAUUAACUGGAAACCACCAGGAGUCCAUUAACAUCCGGACACGUCUUAGCAUUCCUAACAUGAAACAAUCGACUUGGAAAGUUCACGACGACAAUUUAGCGGUCCUGUUAGAGCAUCCGGGCUCGAAGCAGGAAUUGAACUCGCAGGUAGAAACUUUCCAAAAUACCGUUUAUGACUACUUCAACGAGCAAUAUCCACCACGUAAUCAUUACGCUCGCAAAAAUAAAGAAAAUUCGUUCAAGAUAAAAAUGAGGAAGAAAAAACGGGAAUUAAUAAAAAAUCUACGUAUAGCCAAAGCUCUAGGCGACAACCACCUUAGUCAUCAGCUAGCUAGGGCGUUAAGGUCAAUCCUUAAAUUAAUUCAAGGAAUAUCGGCACAAACUGCAGAAUAUCGCGGUAAUUUUGACCGGGCCAAACAGGAAGUAGAUUUCGAUAAAAACCCUUUUGAGUAUUCGAAAACCAUUUUUAAGAAAGAACGCGGACAGCUUCUCUUGACCAAUGAUCAAAUUUACGACCAUUUCAAGAGCACAUACGAAGUGCCUAAAAGUGUAAGGCUCUAUACGGAUCCAAACGAACAAAAACCGGAAAUUCCUCAUAUCGAUUUUCACGGCAUACCACCAACGUUAGACGAAAUAAGUAGUCACAUAAAGAGGAAAUCAUCUAAAUCUGCACCGGGCCCCGAUGGUAUCCCAUAUAUAGUCUUUAAAAAAUGUCCAUCGGUUCGUAAACACCUCAUAAAUAUAUACGGCAAAAUCUGGUCAAGGAAGCAAAUCCCGGAGUGUUUCGGGAAAGCAAUUUUUGUCCUCAUUCCCAAAAAAGAUCGAGUUACCGAUCCGAAAGAUACUAGACCGAUAGCCUUAACAAAUACAAUAUCUAAAAUCUUUUUCUCGGUCCUACAAACGAGAAUGACGCGAUUCAUGCUCAGCAACAAGUAUUUUAGGCCAAAUCACCAGAAAGGGUUUCUACCCGGGAUUUCUGGAUGCCUAGAACACAACACCUUGCUGUCGGAGAGUUUGAAAGAUGCUAGAAAAAGCGAGCGGCAAAUUACAGUUUGUUGGAUAGACUUAGAGAACGCGUUCGGGUCGAUACAACACGAGUUGAUGCUAUUCGCGCUUAGAUGGUAUAACUUUCCACCCUUAGUUAGCGAUAUGAUUGCGUCGUAUUACUCAAAAUUAAAGUUUUCUAUUAUAACUAAAGAAGGCCCUUCAAAAAGUUUGAGUUACAAUGUAGGACUAUUCCAAGGGUGCUGUUUAUCUCCAAUAGUAUUUAAUAUUAUAAUCAAUAUCCUAGUAGAUAAACUUAUCAGCAAUGAGAAAAAAUGGGGGUAUCGGUUUAAGUUCAAUAACAAAUACACGGAAUCCAUUUUAGCCUUCGCUGACGAUCUCGCAAUACUGACACGUCUCCCCAAACACUGUCAAGUACUAUUGGAUGAAGUGGAUAAAUUCUGUGAGUGGACGGAUGGAUUGAGGACAAAACCAAGUAAAUGUCACUGUCUGUGUCUUGGUAGGCGGAAUACAAGAUACACCUCAUACGAUCCGGGACUAUCGAUAGGCGGUCAAUGCGUUUCUACGGUUACGGAAAAUGCACCAUUCAAGUUUCUCGGUCGUAAGAUUGAUAAUAUAGGUCGUACUCCAUCUUUAGAAGGAAUAGUAGAUAGCUUUUUAAAUGAUCUCAACAAGGUAGAUAGCCAGCAGAUCAGUAACGUAAAAAAAGCAUGGAUCUACGAUAAUUACUUAACUUCACGUUUGAAUUGGCCUUUCCUCGUCUAUGAUUUUAGUAAAACCCUUUUAUCUAAAUUAGAUGCAGGCGUCAUAAAGAUGUUGAAGUUGUGGCUCGGGCUCGCGCUAACGGCUGAUUCAUCGGCUUUAUUCAGGGAUCGUAAUAGUUUUGGGAUGAAUCUAAAAAGACCAUCGGAGCUCUACAAACACCUAAGAGUUUCCAAGAGACAUAUCCUGGGAAAAUCCCAUGAUGACGUCGUUACAUCACUCCCAAAAGACAAUGAUGCCCCAGAGCUAGAGUCACGACUUCAAUUCCAUAAACAAUUUAUGAUCGGAGCGCAAAAUAACAGAGUAGGGUUAGGAUCAAGUAGGAAAGUCCAAGAUACGGAUAUAUUGAAGUCUUUUAUUCGGCAAGACGAGAACGAUAAAUACAAGAUCCAUGCAAUGAGUUUAGAAAUGCAGAACGAGUGGUUAGACAUGGGAGCUUUUUGCAUUCCACUAGCACUAAAAUGGCGCACCCUAAUUCAUGACUGGUCGCCAGCCUUGCUAAAAUUUUAUCUCAAUGCGUUCCAGAUGACUCUCCCAGAUCAGAGUAAUUUAGUAAGAUGGGGUAAAGGUACCGAAAAAACUUGCUAUAUCUGCGGAAAGGCAGUUGGAACCGCCAAGCAUUUGCUGGUGGGAUGUAAGGUUCUCCUGGACAGCGGUCAAUACUCGCGUCGUCACGAUAGGGUUUUAGAGAUCAUACGUGAAGCGGUUAGUCUUUCGGUAGCCAGAGCGCAAAGGGAAAUAACCACAAACGAGCGAUCAAUAGGUUUUGUGAGAGAGGGCACCAGGGCUAUAAAAUCAAACGUCAAGCCUUACUCUAUCCUUAAAGCGGCUUCGGAUUGGACUAUCAUGAUGGAUACGUAUGAGAAACAAUACAAAAUCCCCGAGGAUAUUUGUGCGUCGGCCUCCAGACCAGACAUAUUUCUAUAUUCGCGUAUUUUAAAGCGCGUUGUGAUGAUAGAGCUUACGGUGCCUUGGGAAACCAACAUCCCCAAAGACCAUGCCAUCAAGGUCAAUAAGUAUUACGAGCUCACUAACGAACUAACUCGAAAUAGGUUCGUCGUUGAUUUGUACGCGGUAGAGGUGGGAGCGAGAGGUAUAACAGCUAAAUCUCUCUAUAAUCUACUAAAAGACUUGGGCCUGUCCAGAACUAACAUUAAUUCAUUCUUAGAACGUACGUCGAAGGCAGCCCUAGUGGGUUCUUUUCAAAUUUGGUUGGGUAGGGAGAGGAGCUUGGACAGUGGAGUCCGAGAGGGGGGGCGGAAGAUCUGUCCACCGGUCGAUUUAAACGGCGAAAACGGCGCGAAUACGGACUUGAAAUGCCCUACGUGCGGGAAAAAUUACAAGAGACAAGCCUGGUACAUUAAACACCUAAAAACACAUAAUGGUGUUGAAGCGCGACAAUCGUUGGUAAGUUCUUCAAUUAUCACUUCGGAUAGAGUUGACCCUCACGUAUCCCAUGGUGAACCAUUAACUGGAAACCACCAGGAGUCCAUUAACAUCCGGACACGUCUUAGCAUUCCUAACAUGAAACAAUCGACUUGGAAAGUUCACGACGACAAUUUAGCGGUCCUGUUAGAGCAUCCGGGCUCGAAGCAGGAAUUGAACUCGCAGGUAGAAACUUUCCAAAAUACCGUUUAUGACUACUUCAACGAGCAAUAUCCACCACGUAAUCAUUACGCUCGCAAAAAUAAAGAAAAUUCGUUCAAGAUAAAAAUGAGGAAGAAAAAACGGGAAUUAAUAAAAAAUCUACGUAUAGCCAAAGCUCUAGGCGACAACCACCUUAGUCAUCAGCUAGCUAGGGCGUUAAGGUCAAUCCUUAAAUUAAUUCAAGGAAUAUCGGCACAAACUGCAGAAUAUCGCGGUAAUUUUGACCGGGCCAAACAGGAAGUAGAUUUCGAUAAAAACCCUUUUGAGUAUUCGAAAACCAUUUUUAAGAAAGAACGCGGACAGCUUCUCUUGACCAAUGAUCAAAUUUACGACCAUUUCAAGAGCACAUACGAAGUGCCUAAAAGUGUAAGGCUCUAUACGGAUCCAAACGAACAAAAACCGGAAAUUCCUCAUAUCGAUUUUCACGGCAUACCACCAACGUUAGACGAAAUAAGUAGUCACAUAAAGAGGAAAUCAUCUAAAUCUGCACCGGGCCCCGAUGGUAUCCCAUAUAUAGUCUUUAAAAAAUGUCCAUCGGUUCGUAAACACCUCAUAAAUAUAUACGGCAAAAUCUGGUCAAGGAAGCAAAUCCCGGAGUGUUUCGGGAAAGCAAUUUUUGUCCUCAUUCCCAAAAAAGAUCGAGUUACCGAUCCGAAAGAUACUAGACCGAUAGCCUUAACAAAUACAAUAUCUAAAAUCUUUUUCUCGGUCCUACAAACGAGAAUGACGCGAUUCAUGCUCAGCAACAAGUAUUUUAGGCCAAAUCACCAGAAAGGGUUUCUACCCGGGAUUUCUGGAUGCCUAGAACACAACACCUUGCUGUCGGAGAGUUUGAAAGAUGCUAGAAAAAGCGAGCGGCAAAUUACAGUUUGUUGGAUAGACUUAGAGAACGCGUUCGGGUCGAUACAACACGAGUUGAUGCUAUUCGCGCUUAGAUGGUAUAACUUUCCACCCUUAGUUAGCGAUAUGAUUGCGUCGUAUUACUCAAAAUUAAAGUUUUCUAUUAUAACUAAAGAAGGCCCUUCAAAAAGUUUGAGUUACAAUGUAGGACUAUUCCAAGGGUGCUGUUUAUCUCCAAUAGUAUUUAAUAUUAUAAUCAAUAUCCUAGUAGAUAAACUUAUCAGCAAUGAGAAAAAAUGGGGGUAUCGGUUUAAGUUCAAUAACAAAUACACGGAAUCCAUUUUAGCCUUCGCUGACGAUCUCGCAAUACUGACACGUCUCCCCAAACACUGUCAAGUACUAUUGGAUGAAGUGGAUAAAUUCUGUGAGUGGACGGAUGGAUUGAGGACAAAACCAAGUAAAUGUCACUGUCUGUGUCUUGGUAGGCGGAAUACAAGAUACACCUCAUACGAUCCGGGACUAUCGAUAGGCGGUCAAUGCGUUUCUACGGUUACGGAAAAUGCACCAUUCAAGUUUCUCGGUCGUAAGAUUGAUAAUAUAGGUCGUACUCCAUCUUUAGAAGGAAUAGUAGAUAGCUUUUUAAAUGAUCUCAACAAGGUAGAUAGCCAGCAGAUCAGUAACGUAAAAAAAGCAUGGAUCUACGAUAAUUACUUAACUUCACGUUUGAAUUGGCCUUUCCUCGUCUAUGAUUUUAGUAAAACCCUUUUAUCUAAAUUAGAUGCAGGCGUCAUAAAGAUGUUGAAGUUGUGGCUCGGGCUCGCGCUAACGGCUGAUUCAUCGGCUUUAUUCAGGGAUCGUAAUAGUUUUGGGAUGAAUCUAAAAAGACCAUCGGAGCUCUACAAACACCUAAGAGUUUCCAAGAGACAUAUCCUGGGAAAAUCCCAUGAUGACGUCGUUACAUCACUCCCAAAAGACAAUGAUGCCCCAGAGCUAGAGUCACGACUUCAAUUCCAUAAACAAUUUAUGAUCGGAGCGCAAAAUAACAGAGUAGGGUUAGGAUCAAGUAGGAAAGUCCAAGAUACGGAUAUAUUGAAGUCUUUUAUUCGGCAAGACGAGAACGAUAAAUACAAGAUCCAUGCAAUGAGUUUAGAAAUGCAGAACGAGUGGUUAGACAUGGGAGCUUUUUGCAUUCCACUAGCACUAAAAUGGCGCACCCUAAUUCAUGACUGGUCGCCAGCCUUGCUAAAAUUUUAUCUCAAUGCGUUCCAGAUGACUCUCCCAGAUCAGAGUAAUUUAGUAAGAUGGGGUAAAGGUACCGAAAAAACUUGCUAUAUCUGCGGAAAGGCAGUUGGAACCGCCAAGCAUUUGCUGGUGGGAUGUAAGGUUCUCCUGGACAGCGGUCAAUACUCGCGUCGUCACGAUAGGGUUUUAGAGAUCAUACGUGAAGCGGUUAGUCUUUCGGUAGCCAGAGCGCAAAGGGAAAUAACCACAAACGAGCGAUCAAUAGGUUUUGUGAGAGAGGGCACCAGGGCUAUAAAAUCAAACGUCAAGCCUUACUCUAUCCUUAAAGCGGCUUCGGAUUGGACUAUCAUGAUGGAUACGUAUGAGAAACAAUACAAAAUCCCCGAGGAUAUUUGUGCGUCGGCCUCCAGACCAGACAUAUUUCUAUAUUCGCGUAUUUUAAAGCGCGUUGUGAUGAUAGAGCUUACGGUGCCUUGGGAAACCAACAUCCCCAAAGACCAUGCCAUCAAGGUCAAUAAGUAUUACGAGCUCACUAACGAACUAACUCGAAAUAGGUUCGUCGUUGAUUUGUACGCGGUAGAGGUGGGAGCGAGAGGUAUAACAGCUAAAUCUCUCUAUAAUCUACUAAAAGACUUGGGCCUGUCCAGAACUAACAUUAAUUCAUUCUUAGAACGUACGUCGAAGGCAGCCCUAGUGGGUUCUUUUCAAAUUUGGUUGGGUAGGGAGAGGAGCUUGGACAGUGGAGGUGAGCGUAUAACGCGCGUUAGUUAA